AUGCCUAGCAGGAUUUCAAGUUCACAGCCAAGUGCCGGCUCUGGUGCGUUAUCACAUGUGUAUAUACAACAUCCAUGCCUACGCUGCGAUAUUCCUGAAUCCAGUGGGCUGUUCUAUGAUGAUGCCAACAGAUUGCUAAUUUGUACCACAUCUAGUCAGGUCUUUUCAUGGCAAACAGACCCCUUUGAUCCAGUUGUACCUCCUUCCGUCGAUUCUAUAAGCGAAGGGCCUAUCCUAUCUAUCAGAUUCUCUCUUGAUAAAAAAGCGAUAGCCGUCCAAAGAUCUGACUGUGAAAUACAGUUUUUUCAUCGAGAGACCAAGCAGACACUUACCCACAAAUGCAAGGCAGGAUCAGAGAGCAUUCUUGGAUUCUUUUGGAGCGACUCUCCGUUAUGUGAUCUUGCGGUAGUAAAGACCAGUGGCAUGGACUUGUUUGCUUGUGAUUCUAUGUUGAAUCUACGUUUGGUGGAAACUAGGAAAGUGAAUGUGAAUUGGUACACCUAUACACAUGAAACUCGACUGGUUCUUCUUGCAUCAGGAUUGCAAUGCAAGACCAUUAGUGCAUUUCAGGUUUCCAACGCAGGAGUUGUUCGUUUACCAAAGUUUGAGAUGAUCAUGACUAAAUCUGAAUCAAACAGUAAACCUAUUCUGUCUUCUGGAGAUGUCCACUUAGUUACUGUCUAUGGCCGGAUAUAUUGCUUACAAGUGGACAGAGAGGCAAUGCUACUGCAUACAUACAGAUUCUACCGAGAUGCAGUCGUUCCACAGGGUUCUUUACCAAUAUACUCAAGUAAACUGUCGGUGAGUGUGGUGGACAAUGUAUUGCUUGUGCACCAAAUCGAUGCAAAGGUUGUUAUCAUCUAUGACAUAUUUGUGGAUUCUCGAGCUCCCGUGUCUGCUCCUCUUCCGUUACUGUGGAGGGGUCACCAAGGCUCUGACACCUCAUCUCAAGCUACUAUCAAAGAAAAUGAAAACUCGGAAUCAUCCACAAGCAAUGAAAACGUAGCAAUGUAUGAAGAUGCAUGGACCUUUUUGGUUCCAGACCUUAUUCUGGACCAGACUAACAAGGUUCUAUGGAGGGUAAAUUUGGAUCUCGAGGCAAUUUCCGCUAGCAGCUCAGACAGGACGUCUCUUCUAGACUUCCUGCAGCGAAGGAAGGUGGAAGCAAAUAAGGCCAAACAACUGUGCUUGGGGAUAGCAAGGGCUAUUAUAUUGGAACGCAGACCAGCAACUCAGGUUACUCAGGCAAUAGAUGUGCUGGUUAAAGCGUAUUCCUUUUCGGUUAAAGCUGGGACGUACAAAGAAACAAAGAACGAAAGGACCACUGCAACUACUCCAACCGUUGGUGCAUCUCCUGAUAACGAAAGAGAUAGGCCAUCAGGAAGCAGUAUAGAUGAAGAUGUUGAAAUGAACCUACCAUCUGGUUCAGAAGAGAACAUGAUUUGUGCUGACGAGCAGCAAGAAUCUCAACUCUCGUCAGCAGCCAUUUCACCCGAUGAGCUCUACAAGUUUGUGUUUGCUUCUGUGGAGGAAACCAUGGUUGAGGAACCUGAGUACCUAAUUGCGAUCAUCACCCAGUUCCUUCGCAGCAUAAGCGCAGAGAAACUCAAAGUGGAUCUCAACAUUUAUGUGAUGACCAUCAGACUUUUAGCUCGCAGUAAGCGAUUUGCAGAGCUGUCGCUAUUCACCACAAACAAGAUAAUCGAACCAUCAAAGGAAGUUGCCCUCCAGCUACUCGAGAGCGGUCGCCAAAAUCUCCGGAUAAGGAAACUUGGGCUUGAUAUGCUGAGACAACUCUCCUUGCACCAUGAUUACAUCACCUGCCUUGUCCAAGAUGGAUACUAUCUUGAAGCUCUGCGAUAUGCUCAGAAGCAUAAGGUGACGAGUGUGCGAUCGUCGUUGUAUCUAGAAGCAGCAUUCGCGUCGAAUGAUCUGCAGCAUUUGGCUGCAAUUUUGAGGGUCUUGACGGAAUUGAUUCCUGGCUUCAAAGAAACUACUGAAUAUUUCACUUUCCAUGGCCUUCUCAAUGAGACCAGUUCCUCAGUCGCUGUCUGA